AUCACUCAAUAAUACAAACCCUAGUUGCCCCUGUGGAUGUAGUUUCUCACUUGGGGGAACACGAAGAUGCUCCAGCCUCCCAUGGUGCUAGACCCUGCCUACCUGGAUGAACGAGGGCACUGGCAGGACAUUGAUGAGUUUCUGUACGACCCAAAAUGGAGGAUCCUGCUGUUCCUGCAAGCACCAGCAAGCCUGGAAGUCACCAUCGAGUUUCUUUGCUCUCUCCGCUUCCUCAAUAACGGAGAGGAAUUGGAUCCGGAGUUCGAUGUUAAGAAAUUCUGGCAGGCUCACGGGUAUGGGCGAUUUCACAGUGGAGCAAGCAUAGCUAGGAAUUGGGUCCGUCCGUCUUGGAGAAUUUUACACCAUGCAUUGACUCAUAGCUAUUUUGGCCGCUCUCACAGCUCUGAUGUGGUGUUUGAUUCUGAUAUGCUAUUUUUCUGGAGUCUGGAAGCGCGCGAACCAGUCAAUCUAGCAACUUUUGUGGCUCGAUUCCUAUUUGCUCAGUCGACUAGCAACCACCAGUUUGUCUUAUGUGGGCCAAUGGUUACGCUUCUGGCCCGAGGAUUAUGUAUGACAGUCCCCAAUGUUCUCCCAGAGACUGCAAGCAUAUUCCGACCAUCGACAAGGUAUUUGGCCCAGAUUGCUUAUAAUAAGGAAGACAAGGAGGCACGUCCGAGAAGGCAGCAUGCAAUCCCCAUGACCCUUCGCGAGCUUUCGCAGGCUAUGUUUGCAUUCCAAGAUUCUGUAGACUCUCGCUUAAGGAGCAUGGAGACGCUCCUUCUCACACAGCAAUGGCAGGUGGAGGAAAUACUUGAAUACACCCGGGAGCAAGGAACAAAGAAGGCUGAGCAUAAGGAAGGUCCUAAACAAGGCAAACGUCAGGGAUAGUGAGAUCCCUAAUUUCUUAAAACUGCAUUCAGAACAUCAUUUUU